CGUAUUAAUCAGCGCGGGGCCAUCUGCCGCCCUCCUCACCGCGGGCGGGGGCUGCCCGCGCCCUCCCGCACGCCCCGGGGCGGUCCCGCACGCUGCUGGGGURCCGGCGGCAGUAGCAGCAGCGCAGGGCUUCGGCAGCACCGCCGCUCCCGCAGCGCCGGGCCGCGGUGCGUAGCCGAGCCCGCCGCGGCCAAAGUUUUGCCUCGCCUCGCCUGGCCCCGCGCCGCGGCGGAGCCCCUGCCCGGCUCGGCCUGGAGCGGACGGCGGCCCGGCGGGCAUCGCCUCCCGACGCGGGCGCCGGCAGGACAGCGGCGCGUCCGACCCCGCCGCGCCAUGCCGCUGGGACACAUAAUGAGGCUGGACCUGGAGAGAAUCGCUCUGGAGUACGUCGUGCCCUGCCUGCACGACAUCGGCUUCUGCUACCUGGACAACUUCUUAGGGGAGGUGGUGGGGGACUGCGUGCUGGAGCGGGUGAAGAGGAUGCACCGCGACGGGGAGCUGGCCGACGGGCAGCUAGCCGGCCCCAGCCGCGGUGUCGCCAAGCGGCACCUCCGCGGUGACCAGAUCAAGUGGAUCGGAGGCACGGAGGAGGGCUGCGAAGCCAUCAACUUUCUCCUCACGUUGAUAGACCGGCUGGUGAUGUACUGCGGGAGCCGGCUCGGCAAGUACUACGUGAAAGAGCGGUCCAAGGCUAUGGUUGCUUGCUAUCCUGGAAAUGGAACUGGGUAUGUUCGUCAUGUGGACAAUCCAAAUGGUGACGGGCGCUGCAUCACCUGUAUUUAUUAUCUGAAUAAGAACUGGGACUCCAAGCUGCAUGGUGGAAUUCUUCGAAUAUUCCCAGAAGGAAAGUCCUAUGUAGCAGAUGUGGAGCCGAUUUUUGACCGAUUACUUUUUUUUUGGUCAGAUCGAAGGAACCCACAUGAAGUCCAGCCUUCUUAUGCAACCAGAUAUGCCAUGACUGUGUGGUAUUUUGAUGCCGAAGAAAGAGCAGAAGCCAAAAAGAAGUUCAGGAACUUAACUGAUGCAAGGAAGAGAGAAGCACCUCUUAAUGAAGACUGAUCAACUGUUCAUGAACUCUUUGUGAGGAAAUAAGAUCCCAAAGAUGACUUCCAUUUCCAGCAAACAAGGGCAAAUCAUUUUUAUGCGCAAGAAUGCACUGGUCUAGCAUGUGCAUCUUAUGCUGAUGGUACUUAAAGCAGUCUCCUCUCAUGCUGCAUCUGGUAGAAGAAAGACUUGUUUUCUCUUUGCCUUUUGCUGGAAAAAAUAACCAGGGUUUAAAAAAAAAACAGCAAGAGUAUCACUAAGCCCAGUGAUAGUGGCUCAGCCCACUGGCUUUUGAUCACUCUUGAAACGAAGAUAAUGGUCAUUGGAACUAGUGGUAAAAACCUGAGUCUUAUUUGCACUUUAUGGGGAAAAAAAAAUUCUAGCUCAAUGGGAAGAAGCUUUGUAAGUUUAAAAUCCGUGGCAGACUGCUAAUGGGCACAGAGAGAUAUUGGACAUGUGAAAUGAAAUUGGAUAUUUGUAGAGUGUCAUUUUACAGUCUGUCCCAAAUGGACCUGUUGAUGUACUGUUCAUCAUUUUGCUGYGCAGAACAUUGUUUCAGCUCUUCAAUAACAUGACUUCCCAGAUUUUUGUCURCACAGUCAUUGCGUUUUCUGGAUUUUGUUUGCUUUUCAAGAGGCUAGUCCUAGCCAUACAGUUGUACUGCCCUUUCUGUCCCAGCACCGAAGGCAAAGUAGUUAUGUUUCUGUUCACAACUUUAUAAAACCUUUUUCCCCCUGUUUUGAGCAGGGUGGGUUGUAUGUUUUCUAUUUUCACAGUUUGGUAAAGCAGCUAUUUUCUCCCAAAGGUUUGGUAAAUUUAGAAGGCUUGUGGCACACAAUGCACUGGCCCUUAAGGCCAAUGAUAUAUCAGGUGUUUGCUUUGUGGCUUCUCCAUCUGCUAUGUUCUGUAUGACACAGAAAUGAAUCGAAAGAUGUGUCUGGCAUAAUAAUGGGUAACUUAGACUUGAUUUUUAUGCCACAUAUUCUUACUGAACACACUUUGUUUAAUUUUUCAUGCAUAUGUAAUUUGAAUGUAACUGCAAUUCCAUUUCAAUUGAUCUAAUAUGCCAGUUAACUACUACUGCUGAGCCCAAGCUGUGAGAUCAGAGUUAUUCAAUGGCAAAGCACACUUUUUUUUUCCAUUCUUUUUUAAACUGAUUAACUGAGACUCAAKGAGUAACUGGUGACCUAUCUCCAAUCUGUCUAAGCUUCUACAACCAGCACUUACUACACAGUUCAGAACAGCUCUUAAUGCAGCUGGGAGCUGGCAGUGGAUGUGUUUAUCACUCACACUAAUUAUUCUCAACCUAAUGCACUCACUUUCAUUCAUUUUUAUCUCAUGUUGUCAGURUAUAUGUCAGACCCUAUUAAAUGUUCCAAAUAGAUGCCCCCUYCAGUGUCCCAUAUUUUCCUGUGCCACCUGUCCAUGAUGGUGAAGGUUGUCUGUCUGAACCAUCAGCCCCUGCCCGCUUCCCCAUGCUCUGCUGGGCAGCUGUGCUGUGAUGGGGCUGCACUUGAGCUGGGGAAUGGAAAAGUAGUGUGCAAUGGCAACUGUUAAAUGUCAGGGACAGAAGGGUAACAGCUGCAUAGGACAGAAAAGAAAUAACUUCCAUGACGUAAAAAAGUGAUAAUAGAAAUAGAAUAUUUUUUAAAGCAAUUUUGUAUCUUAAAGAAAAAAAUAAAAGCUGAGCAUUCUUCAGCCUGUCCAUGGAUGCUGAAUGUAAACACUGUAGUGCUAAGAAACCUGUGGUUUCUCCCAGAGAUCCAGCUACGGUCUUAUAGGCCUGACCACUGUGCACCUUAAAAGAGGAAUAUGAGGGAACAUGUGUGACAAAUAUUCCUACAGCUCAAGACUAGAAAGAGUAAGAUAAAUGCCCUUUAAUGUUAGGAAAAACAUUAUUCUACCACAGUUGCUUCUAAGUAACACACCAGAGACUUGAAGGAAACAUAGUGUUAACUUGAAAUUGUCGUUUUGAAAUGUUCAUAUGGGAGGAGAAAGAGUUUGCGCUCUUCCUUGCGAGUGAGAGGUAACCCUUUUAAAUGUGAGGUGUUGAGAAAGGGGGGCCCACAGGAUUACUGUUUAAAGAAGGUUGUGGAAUACAACCUGCUGUAUUACUGUGCAAAGUUGAUAAUGGCACAUAAAUUUGAAACUCCUACAUGAUUUUACAAGGAGGAAAACUGUAACCUUGAAAAUGAACUAGAAAGCAUUGUUAGUACACAUCUUACUGGAGCCUGGAGCAGUGGAAAAUAAUGUGGGAGGGGAAAGGCUUUGUGUAAGGGCUGAAAAAGGAAGGUACUUUAGUUAUCGUUGUUGCUGCCACCAGGUUUCUGCAGUCAUCAGCAGCACGUGUGGUGGAUGGAGCAUGGAGCAAAAUAGUUGCAUUUAUUGUAAAUAAAGUACAUAUUUUCACUUUUAGCCAAUAUCUUCCUCAUCUAUAUAGAAGUCAGAGCAAUUAAUUCUUUGGCAGACAGCAUUGUCUGUAUUAACAUACAUAAUCAAAUGUAGAAACAAUUGAGGCUAUGGGAUCUUGAAACCAAUUCCUCAGUCCUCUGUUUCAGAUCUCUACUCUGUUUCCACUGGGAUGAUUUCUUUGAAGAAGCUGUAGUUUAAUUGGGGGUGGGGUGUGGGCAUGUUGGUCAUGUAGGAAUACACAGGUGUGAUGUUUUCUAUGUAGAUUUGUCUUACCUGUCUCUAGAAUUGUUGCAAACUUCUUUGUAGGAAUGAAAUGUGUAAGGGAAGCAGGUUGCUGCAGUAAAGAGGGUAUUUGUCUUCAUAGCAAACUGUUUGAAUCAAAUGGCUAAACAGCCCUUAUCAGCCAGUUGUGAAAAAGAGUGCGUUCUCUAAGGCAUUUAGCUUUGAAUCCUUUAAAAGUUCUGGUUCGUUUUUUUUUUAACCUUUAGGUAAUGUGCCUUCGUCAUUCGAAUUUGUGAAGAUGCCACAUGUGCGUGUCAUGCAAGUUUUGGAUGGCUCUUUAAAAAACAUGGUUGCCUUUUCUAAUGCAGUUGUGUGGGAAAAAUGUGCAGAGCCAUGAAGCCACAGUCUUCAACAGGUGGCUUUUGUUGUGCAGGGAGGAAAAAAGGCCAGGAGUCAGUGCUGAAAAUGAAGAGACUAUUCUCAACACUGGCGUUUUGAGCAAAGUAGCUCUUUUUGUCUAGGUGACUUCUGGUUCUAUGAGGAAUGACUUCUACAAAAUAGUGUCAAAAAAUCCACUCAUAUUUUUCCUUCUAUUUUUAAACAGUUUUAGUCCUUUCUGAUUGUGGUUUUUUUUUAAAUGUUGGAAUAUAUUAUAUGUAUUUCUUGUUGCAAAAUAGCUGGCUCUAACACCACUUGCAUCUAGGAAAAAAUGUGUAUAUUUGCAGGCAAAUAACUAGUUGUACUUUGACUGUGAUAUACUCCCAGCAAAUAUCUGAGAGUGAGUUAUGACUACAUCUUCUCUUGUCAGGUUGUAUGCUGGUCAACAAUGCUGGCACUUUGCAUUGGAUUCAUAUAGAAACUCCCUAGUAGUAUUUUACCACACAUCACAUUUUGUGUUCCUGUUACUUAAAAAAAAAAAAAAAAUGUAGCAGGAGUCAAUAAACACUGGGUCAUGUUGAA